AUUAAUUAGGUUAGGGAAAAAAAUUAUCCGUAACAAGAUAUCGAGGCUCGUGAAAGAUUUAAAGUGCAGGAAGUGUCUUUGAUCGCAUAAUUACAUAUAAUUGCGGGCUCGCAUGUGUAUGCACCACGAGGUCGCACGCGCUGAGCUGACAUAACCUCACUCUCGGACAUACGCUUGUCUCGCUUUCACCCCCCUUCCCCUCACGAGGUCUGCAGAAAAGGCGUACACAGAAGAAAAAGAGAGAGAGAAAAGAAAACUCGUCGACUAGAACAAAGUGCAUAGUGCAAUAUAGGAAGAAAGCACCAGAGUGCAGUGCAAGGCCGCAUUCAUGUCAUUCCUCAGGUGCUGAGCACGUAGAGCACAGGAGGGUGGGCCAGAGAUCGAGGGCCAGUGUGCUGGUGCUCUCUAUCAUCAACUCCUCGUUCUCCUCUCCUCCUCACAUCCCAGUGCGCGUUAUCGCGUAACAUUCUUCUCCUCGGCGAAGAUGGCGGCCAAGGUGGCGAGCAGUGCUGCUGCCAAUAGCGUGCAGCAACAGCCGGCAUCCACAAAGCAGCAGCAACAUCCGAGUGUCGUUGUUGCGAAGGAGGAAAAGCCGGCAUCAUUAACAGUUACAACGGUAGCCGGCUUGUCGUAUGCCCGUGUACUCAAUCCUAAGGCUGCCAGCGAAGCGUCCGUUGCUGCUGCACCGAUGACAAGCAACAACGGCAACACGACGACGACGACGUUGUCUACGUCUACAACAAUACCUUCGUCAUCAAUCUCGCAAAAUUCCGGUUGUGCAAAGGAAAAUAAUAAAGAAAAUAUUGGUGGACAAGUUUCUGCACAGAACGCUUCAGAAAUUAGAGGCAAGCCCUUCAAAAAAUCAAGUCACAGAUUCGAAACUCACAGAUAUAUACCUACAGAGCGAAGACUGUACGGUAAUUACGUAAGACACAAUCACUCAGCUCCUAUGGAAGCUAAAGUUGUACAUACAGAUCAUUCCGUUGAAACUGCGAAAGAGGCAACUGAAGAGAUUGUCCAAAACGGGAACUUAAACGGUACUGAUGACGAAUUUCAAACUGUUGCUCCCAAAAGUGCCAGAAGAAAGGAAAAGUUGAAGGAACUCCGAGAGCAUGCUGAGUCUCAACACUUUCGUUUCAGGGACAGACAAAAACUGCAUGUCCGCAGAGUAGAAAGUAACGAAAGACCACGAGGUAGGAGAAUAGAAAGUAACGAGAGAGUACAUGGCAAACGAGUCGAAAGCAAUGAACGAUUGCUUAAAGAAAAGGAACACAUCAAAGAUGGUCCUAAAGAAAAAGAAAAGGACAAAGACAGGGAUAAGGAUAAGGUUUCCGAAGCCAACAACGAGGAAGUUGAAGCUCAACCAAUAAAAUAUAUUGAAGCUCCUCUGCCUGCUGUUAAUCCUUGGAACAAGGGCAAAGUUAGUGCACCUCAAUCUCGAGUUAUCCCUCCAACUCCUUCUGUGCCAGUAGCAGCUCCAGUUCCGUUGACACCGAAAGUAGCCCCGGUAGUUUCAGAAAAAUCGGUCGAAAAGGAAAAAAGAGUGUUACAGCCUCAACAGCAACAGCAAAAGAAUAAAAUUGAAAAUGGAAUAAGCAACAACGCGCACCCGACGAUCGUGAGAGCUCCCAAAGACCGACGAAAGUACAACCAAAAGGCGAGCGACUUCUCGGAUAUCGGCGACUGGCCGACUUUGGGUGCUCAAGGCGAGCAACCAAAGAAGGCGAUAGCGAAUUCCGCCCCAAAGCAAAAUGGCGUCGUUGAGAAUCCGAGUGAAGCUAAAGAGAGCCUCGUUCCAGUCGCUCCUGAAGUUAAAGGCAAAGAGAACAAGGAGCAAAACAACCACUGCCACGAGGAGAGUGACGAAAACGCCGAUAAGAGGAGAAAAAGUCAAACUAACAAGCAAAAGUGGGUUCCUCUCGAAAUCGAUAUGACCAAAAAUCGCGGAAAAAGGGACCGCUCUCCUAAACAUAGUUCUCAAAGGGACAAAAAUGACAGCCGGCGCAAUGAGGAUGAAAAUUGGAGAGAUCGCGAGUACGAUAGAUCGAAUUACAACAGUAACUAUCGCAGCAGUCGCGGUAGCAGAGGUGGUGCAAGUUACCGGGGCAGAGGCCGUGGAGGUCGCGGAAGCGUGUCGCGCACCAGCAACUAUAUUCGUCAGAGAAAUCACGAUUACCCGGCAUAUUCUACUGACUUUCCGACUCAGGUGAUUAUAACUCAGUCGAACAAGUUUAGUCCAGCAGAUCCAUCGUACAUGAUGCCUUUCAUGGGGACGUUUUACUAUAACAAUUCGAAUUUCUUGAAUUUAGAUAAUACGACAGUUAAGGAAUAUAUAAGGAAGCAAAUUGAAUAUUACUUUAGUGAAGAAAAUUUGAUGCGAGACUUUUUCCUGAGACGAAAAAUGGACGCAGAUGGUUUCCUGCCGAUAACUCUGAUUGCUUCCUUCCAUCGCGUGCAAGCUUUGAGCACGAAUGUUUCUCUAGUCAUAGAGGCUAUUACCGAGUCAGAUAAACUAGAAAUAGUUGAUGGUUUUAAGGUGCGCACAAGAUUCGACCCGUUAAUAUGGCCCAUCCUCGAUAAUGGUAACCCAAUCAACUCCGGCUCCUCCGAUGUCUCGUCCACCUCGCCCAACGAAAUAUCGUAUCCCCAUUUCACGCAACCACCCGAGUUCCAGCCAGCUGCCAAGCCUCUGACGGCUAUUCCUGCACCGCCCGUGCCGACUCUGCUACACCCCGUUCCCCCUGUAAACGGCGACGAGCUGCGUCUCAGCGAAUCCGAGAGCAUCACGUCAUCGAUCGCCGACACUCUCAAUCCAGAAGUGCCAGAGUUCAUUCCAGUCGUACUCACUGCCAAUAAACAAGUACAAGAUACGACAGUUAACAGUAUCCAAAAUACCGAAAAGAAAUACGAAGAAACUAUAAAUGAAAAAGCGGAAAUUAGUGAUAAGGAUGUAGAAGAGAAAAAGUUAAACAGCAUUGAAAAUAAAGCAUCGGGUGACAUUGAGAUGGAGAACAAAAAAAAACACGAGGAGGCUAAAGUAGUGAACGAAUGGCACGAGGUUAAGAAGAAGAAGUCAGCUUCAAAAGAGAAAGAAAAAAUUAUGAAUGGCAAUAAAAUAUCAAAUCAUGUUGGUCACGAAAAAGAAGAGUUAGACUUCCAAUUCGAUGAGGAAUUGGAUGCUCCACCUACUGGACGCCACAACACAUUUUCCGAGUGGGAUGAAGAUGACGAUAACGAAUUUACCGAUAAAGACAUUAACAAGCUAUUGAUUGUUACGCAAACAACGUCGACGAGAAUUCCAAAGCACGAUGGACAUGACCGUACUGGUGACUGGACCAGUCGAACAAAAAUGACGCAGGAUCUUGUGCAAGCUAUCAACGACGGCUUGUAUUAUUACGAAGAAGAUCUGUGGGGAGAUGAUCAACGGUACAGUUUAUCGUCAUCCGGCACAAAGUACAAAACCAUCAGCGUUAUCAGCAAAGAGGAUUUUGACAAGUUGGCUCCAAAAGCACCACGCAAGGCAAAUCCCGAAGUACCUCCUCCUCCCCCAGCUCGACUGGAUGGUGAAGACAAACUACCAACCGAGCCAAAGAGCUCUUCGGCUCACGUUACAAUCGACGUGGCAUCCGAGAGGCCGGAGAAGAGGCGUCGUAACGACCGCACCCUCAAAAAUCACAGAGCCGUUCCGAGAUUCUUUGGCGUAGUCAAAGAUGAGCCGGCUGUCGAUUGUAUUACUCCGCGUAAACGCAAAACCCGUCACAGCAAUAAUCCACCAGUCGAGCAUCACGUCGGUUGGAUUAUGGAUGUUAAGGAGCACAGACCUAGAACAUACUCUACAGGUAGCAGUACAGGUUCGAGUCCGAAUGAAGGCUUUUUGUCAAGCAGCUACGGAAGUGCUCCUCAAUCAUUGCCCACUUUCCAACAUCCUAGUCAUGCUUUGUUGAAAGAAAACGGUUUUACUCAACAAGUAUACCACAAGUAUCAUUCGCGUUGUCUGAAAGAACGCAAAAGAUUGGGCAUUGGUCAGUCACAAGAAAUGAACACCAUUUUCCGCUUUUGGUCAUUCUUCUUAAGAGAAAAUUUCAAUCGUACCAUGUAUGAGGAAUUCAGAAGAGUCGCUCUCGAGGACGCUAGUGAGGGCUAUCGUUAUGGGCUCGAAUGCUUGUUCCGCUUCUAUAGCUACGGCUUGGAAAAGAAAUUCAGACCUCAAGUUUACAAGGACUUCCAAGUUGAAACAAUGAAUGAUUAUGAAAAUGGUCAACUCUACGGAUUAGAGAAAUUUUGGGCCUUCCUUAAGUAUUAUAAACAUGCUAGUAACCUCCCCGUCGAUCCCAAACUACAGGGAUUCCUCGAAAAGUUCAAGACCAUCGACGAUUUCAGAGUAUUGGAGCCAAAAAUCAGUGAGCUUAAGAGAUCACAGUUUGCCAAUCGUCGCAUCAGAAGCGUGUCGGAAAGUGCGAGCGGAGUCGAUUUCUCCGCUGGUAACCGCAUUCGGCGAUUAUCUGGUGGCUCUAGCCAAGUGACACUCCCACAAUCGCAGACACAACAAAAGCAGAGCGUCAAUCUGUCUCAGUAUGGACGCUAUAGAACUGAUUCCUUUGGAUCGGGUAGACUAGGCAAUUAUCGAAGACGCACCACCGAUUUUGUUGGGACUACUCCGGAGGAAGGUGCUAUUAGAAAUGGUGAACAAAAGUGAAAGUGGCUGGUGGUAAGACUUUAGACUCAGAAAAUUGCUUUUUAAAAAUUCUAAGCAUUCAUUAACAACCGCGUGUGCGAGUACCACGAUGCUACGAGCUGAGGCUAUACUCGUUUUCUUCAUUGAUACUGGAAGACGUUGAAAAAUCUUUUGAAAUAAUAAUGCUUGAGAUAAAGUGUCUGCUUCAUGACACAGUAAAUCUCGACAGCUCAAGCAAUGUAAUUGAUUGAAGACUAUUCAUAUUCAGGGGUAAAGAAAUCUUACUUGAUUGUUUUCAACAAAAACAAAAAUUAUAGUCUUCUGAACCAUAUCUGAAUGAUAUCAAUUACCUUUUAUUGCACUGUCUGCCAUUUUAUCGAUUUUUGGUCUGACAGAUAAAUGAGAAAUGGAAUUCCGAGCAUAAUUUAUCGGAUGAGAAAAUUGUACAUUGUUGGAAGAUGAACGAUGAAAAUUUUGGAUUUGACGUUCGGAUGGAGCACUAUUAUUAAUUAGAUGUGAACGAUUGAAAAUUAAUAUUACCAAUUUAUGCCUACAUUUGGUAAGCGACCUAGUGUUUAAAUCUAUACUCUACUAUGGCUACUGUAAUAUUAUUGCAGAAAAAGUUUCUAAUACCUCUAAUUACGAUAUUAUUCUAAUCUUAGAUUUAGAUUGACAAGAUACACAUGUUUAAGCAAUAAAGAAUUGCGCGUUACAUGCUGCUACCCAAUGCAACUGGAUCCGUAUGAGCCUAAUUUUUGAUAAUUGCUCUUUGACUUUGCUUUAGAGCUAGCUUCAACAUUUUUAUACAAAUUAAGACGUGUAGUAUCAGACAAAUUUAUAGUGUUUUUGUUUCCUUUUUUUUUUUAACUGUUUGAUUCUAUUGACGUUCAAAUACGUACACACUUACACUUAUUGUCAUACAGUGAUAGCACACAUAUUUGCUUUGUUUGGGUAAAAAAAAGACGUAGCACGUUAUACAUUACUUGAAGUAAAUUUAAAAUCCCUCACAAAUCUUGUGUUGCACUGCCAUAUGCGUAAAUAGUGUAUGUAAUUAUAAGAAAAAAAGUACACUUUCCCUGUUUUUCAUCUUUUAUAAGAGAGAGAAGAUUGCUAAGUCUGAAACGUUUGAUCCCUUAACUCGAUUUACUCAAGGCACGAAUUGUGCUUUGAGAAUCGCCUUUGCGUAUUUCUUCACCAUCUUGAAUCAUAGACAAAGUUUUACAAAGACGCGAAAAUCGCUUGUUUGUUGUAAGAAAACAAGAUUCGACAAAAUUUGACAAAGUGUACAUAUAAUAUAUACAUUAAUAAAAAAAACUCAUUCACGGCGUAAAAUCAAUUGAUUAACCAAGUUGUUGCAUCUUGCUGUUGAUACUUGAAUUAGAUUGCAAACAAAAUUGCUGCUUAAACCACAGAAAAAUCAGGUAUUCCCGUAUAUCUAUCUUUAAUCACUGUAAAGUUCUGUAAAUAUGUACACUGAUUACUAUAUUUUUUAAGCAUAAUCAACUUAAAGUGAAUAAUGCAUAGAAAAAAGGUACUUUUCUGUUUGUAAAAAAAAUUGUAAAAUGAUAUUUUUAGUUUAAAACUGUAGCAUAAUAUAUAGUGUACAGUAUAAUAAUUUAAAUAUGUGUGGAGCAAAAAAUAAUUUUUUUUCUUUAAU